AUGCCAUCCCCAAACACGGUUGCAUCUUCAAUCUUGGCUACCUUGAAACAGCUCUUCAAGUCUGACAAUGUCACUGGCUUUGCUAGCGCGGAGCUCUGGGUGUUGGUGACCACGGCGGGCCUGGUGUUGAGGUUCCUGCUGGACUGCUUCGGGCCGUGGCCCACAGACAGGAGCAUGGCGGGCUUCGUCCAAGUCAUUGACAUACUGAACUACUCCACAAUGCAGUACACCUUGGGGCUGAUGCAGCUCUCGGCGAAGAAGGUGAACGACUACUUUCAGGUCUGGGCAGUGCUGCUGGUAACCCUGCAGUACAGCGUCAAGACUGGACGCCUGUAUCGGAGGUCCAAGCAGCAGCCAGUGCUCGACCUCAUGUCGUCCUUCUGGGCAGCCAGUCUCCUCCGAGUGCAGACCUUCUUCCUCCUCAAGAUACUUCUCUGGCUCAUCUGGACCCUCAAUGCGGUUCGCAUAAUUUCGUACUUUGUCUCAUCCGACAUGGCUGCGACCAUCAACCAAGAGAACACAAGGCUGGUUAGUGACUAUAUGCGAUACGAGCACUCACUGGGUCCUUCGGGUGAUAAGGCCGAGUCUGACAAUGGGAUCAGGAUGCAGUCGUACAAGUACUUGGUCAGUGGGGAAGAUCUGGUGCUGCAUGACAUCCAACGGGAGAGGAAAACUGCAUCAGCACAAUACCGGAUUCGGUUGGAUCCGGAUAAUAAGAAGCUUGUCACCAUGGAGAAGUUAUGGAAUGUUGAUGCUGGCAGUAGUGGGUUGCUGGGUGCUUCCAAAGACACUGGCAACCGAUUGAAGGAUGUCUGCCUCUCAUUCGCGUUGUACAAGCUGCUGCGUCGUCGGUUCUAUAAUCUCCCGAUACAUGAGGCUAGCCAAGAGAAGACGAGGCGGCUCGUCUUCGACUACAUCCUGCAGGAGAACACUGACAACUACGAGAGGGCAUUCCGCAUCACAGAAGUGGAAUUGUCCUUCCUCCAAGACUUGUUCUAUAGCAAACAUGCUGCCAUGUUUGCGGCCGGAUUUCCAGUCUUUGGUAUGCUGAUAUCUUUGUUUCUUGUUGCGGCUACCGGCUACCUUGCAUACCCUGUCCACUAUAUACCAGAGAGGAUGGAUCAAGCCGACAAAAAUAGCAUCACUCAUGGAGUGAUUGUCAGUUACAUCAUAAUUGGCCUUAUCUUCGCCAAGGAGCUGUCGGAGGUCUAUCUAUAUGUAUUCUCCAAGUGGACCAAGGUUCUGAUGAUCUGCAUGUACGUCAAGCAUCGGUUCUUGAGGACUCUGGUGGUGGAGGCUGCAAUGAGGAUGGUUUUCUCGUUCAUCGGGGGUAAAUGGAAUCAAAGGAUCUCUCAGUGUAACCUUCUGAUUUCUUAUUCGUGCAAUAAGAAGAAAUUAACCAGAAGCAUCAAGUUGGAGUCAGAAGUAAAGACGAUGAUAUUUCAGUUGUUUAAGGGCCUGCAGGAGGAUCCAGAGAGGUUGGAAUCCUACUUAUUACAUGCCUUUCCACCAAAGGAAUCACCUAUGAAGAACCUAGAAGAGGUAGUUGAUCUGGAGGCUGAUACCCACAGGAUACUGGUCUGGCAGAUCGCAACAUGCUUAUGCGAGAUACACAUCUCUGCUGAAGUGAAAAAAGUGGAGGCUGUAGGGCGUCAACAUAGUGGGCUCUUGGCCAGAAAAUCAACAACUCCAAAAGAUGUGUGGCCGCAUUACUUAACUGCUAUCAGAUUAUCCAAUUACUGUGCAUACCUGCUUACCAGAGCAUUGGUGCCGGACAAUGGUAUUGUUGUUACAAAGGUAUUGGCCGCGGUACGUAAGGAAACCUAUCGUGCUACUGAUCGUUCUGCAUCCCAGUCAUUGCAAGAUGUGUACAACAAACUUAUGCAUAUUGCCACGAAGACCUCUGAAGAGUCGGGGGAGAAGGUGGCCAAUGGAAUGGGUUAUUUGGGGGGACAAUUAGCCCCUGGCAGUUCGGUGUUCAUUGAUGAAGCAUUCUGGGCCAGUACAGCCAAUGAUGAGGAAGAUCCUAACAGAACGGGAGCUGAUGCCACUAACAGUUCCAUACCAGCUACCAACAGAGAAGAUAGUUUCGCCGGUGAUGACGACAUCGAUAAUUCAAUAACCCAAAUGGGUGCAAAGCUUGGGAAGAAGUUGAUAGAGGCUUACGGAGAAGACACAUUAGGCCUAUGGAGGGAUCUAGCAGUGUUCUGGACAGGUUUCCUCCUCCACUUGGCAGCAUCAACCAGAGCAGCCAAGCAUAAGACACGACUGGCUGGAAAGGCGGAGCUUAUAACACACCUGUGGGUUUUGCUGUCUCACGCUGGGUUUCUCGGAAAUACCAGGCACGGGCAAACACUGUUAGAUCCACAUGACCUUGAUCAUACCGACCCGCUCAGGUGA